AUGGGUCGCGGCGGUGGUACUUCGUCGCGCGGACGCGGAAAGUUCAAGGUGACCCGCGGUGGUGGCCGUCAUUUCUCGCGCGAUCUCGACCCCCGCUAUUCCGCCGAGCAGAACAACAACGAGAGCAGCAGCGAGGAGGAGGAGUCGUCUGACGAGGAGGACGAGGAGGACGUCACUGCCAAGCUCGCUCCCGAGAUGGCCGCUCUCAACCUCAAGCUCGGCAACACUGUCGCCAUCGACGAGGACAAUGACGGCGAGAUGAGCCGUGCUGAGCGCAAGGCCCUCAAGAAGAAGCAGGGUGAGGAGGCCGCCAAGAAGAAGGCCGCCGCCGCCCCCGUCGAGGAGGAGAGUGAGGACGAGCUCCCGGACCCUUACGCACGCCGUGAGCCUUCGCGCCGUGAGCGCGAAGCGGCUGAGAAGAAGGCCGCUGCUGAGCGCUACGCCAAGCUCCAGGCUGCCGGCAAGACCUCCCAGGCCAAGAGCGACCUUGCGCGUCUCCAGGAGAUCCGCAAGAAGCGCGAGGCUGCCGCUGCCGCCCGUGUCGCCGAGCAGGAGGAGGCCGCUCGUGAGGCUGCUGCCAAGAAGGACCGCCAGAUCAAGCACUAG